AUGGACGCAAAAAUGAAAGAUUACCACGUGUACGAAGAGUACCUGGACCAGGUCGUAGAGUACUGUUCGGAUUUCACUUCAGUACAGGAAAUGAUAAACCGAUAUCUUGCUCUGCUGAGCGAAAAAAAUUUCAUGGCGCAGCUCCAAGAAAAAAAUCUGAGAUUGCUUGAAAAUGCCGAAAAGCGAUAUGGGAAAGCUGAUUGA